AUGGCCUCUGCCGUGGAAGAUGUAGAGGACCAGUCCCUGGGCCUUGCCAUCUUCUUCGGCAGAGCCAAUUCCGCCGUCAGGGUCACCCGCCGCGCCAGCAACACCCACGGCGAGGGGCCCAGCAGCGGGCGCGGCCGGCGGCCCCGGCGCAAGGCACCGUCACAGGGGGCCAUCGCGGCCGCGUCUGCCUGGCUGAAGGAAGAGGUGUUUGGCGGCGACCGGGCCAGGAUGGAAAAGGCGGUGAUGCGCCGGCCGUCGCUCCUCCGGCACACCCUCGACGCGUUCCACGCCAGCCUGGCAGCCCUGGUGCAGCUGUUUGGCAGCGCAGACGCCGCCCUCACGGCCGUGCGGAGGUACUCGGACCUCUUAAUCGGGGACGCCUCCAUACUCCCCCACAAUGCGCGAGCCCUGGCUCAGCUUCUGGACCUCGCCGACGACUCGCAGCUCGCUCGCCGGCUCCUCCGCCACCCCCGGCUGCUGCACAUGUCGCCAGAGAGCCUGCGGGCCAAGCUGGAGCGCCUGGCCGCGGGCCUGGGGAUGGGGCUGGAGGACGCGCGGCUGAUGUGCAGGACGCAGCCGAGCCUGCUGGGACUGAGGACUGAGGGUGUCGUCGCCAAGGCGAACCUCAUCAAGUCCUACCCAGUGAUCGGCGCCAGCCUUUCCCCUGCCUACCUCGCCAGGCUCCUGGUCCUGGGCCGCGCCCGCCUCGCCCGCCUGGAGUACCUGGCGACAGAGUGGGCGGCGGCCAACCCGGGGGCCAGGCUGCUGACUGCCGGCACUGUCCUUGGGAUGCCUCCUGACAAGUUUGAGGAGCGCUGGCGAGGCUUCAGGCCAUGGCUGGAGGCCAAUGCGGCAUACCCCUAG